AUGGCCCACAGGGCAGGCCUGGGGCCUGGGUGGCUGGGGGCUGUAGCCAUUCUGCUUUUCCUUGGAUUAUUCCGGUCCAGCCUUGGAGCUGACGGGGAUGAAGCCGUCUGCGGUGUGGCCCCCCAAGCCCGCAUCACCGGCGGUAGCGGUGCAGCCCCCGGCCAGUGGCCCUGGCAGGUCAGCAUCACUUACGACGGCACCCACGUGUGCGGCGGUUCUCUCGUGUCCGAUCAGUGGGUGCUCUCGGCUGCUCACUGCUUCCCCAGGGAGCACCUCAAGGAAGACUAUGAGAUCAAGCUGGGGGCCCACCAGCUGGACUCCUACAGCCCCGAGGCCGAGGUCCGCACGGUGGCAGAGGUCAUUCCCCACACCAGCUACAACCAGGAGGGCUCACCCGGCGAUAUCGCGCUCCUCCGUCUCAGUAGGCCGGUCACCUUCUCCCGCUAUAUCCGGCCCAUCUGCCUCCCUGCAGCCAACGCCUCCUUCCCCAACGGCCUCCAGUGUACUGUCACCGGGUGGGGCCACGUGGCGCCCUCAGUGAGCCUCCUGGCCCCCCGGCAGCUACAGCAACUUGAGGUCCCCCUGAUCAGCCGUGAGACGUGUAACUGCCUGUACAACAUUGACGCCAAGCCCGAGGAGCCCCACUUUAUCCAGCAGGACAUGCUGUGUGCCGGCUAUGUGAAGGGGGGCAAGGAUGCCUGCCAGGGUGACUCUGGGGGCCCACUCUCCUGCCCUGUCGGGGGCCUCUGGUACCUAGCAGGCAUUGUGAGCUGGGGCGAUGCCUGUGGGGCCCCCAACAGGCCUGGCGUGUACACUCUGACCUCCAGCUAUGCCUCCUGGAUUCACUAUCGAGUGACAGAGCUCCAGCCUCGUGUGGUGCCACAAGUCCAGGAGUCCCAGCCUGAUGGCCAUCUGUGUGUCAACCAUCAGGCCUUCAGCUCGGCCCCAGCCCAGGGCUUACUGGGGCUCAUCCUUCUGCUGCCACUAGGCCUGACCCUGGGCCUCGUCUGCUGA